AUAACUCUUUGCAUAUAUACUGAAAUUUCAUUUCUUCUUGAAUCAUGUCGUGGAAGGUGUGUUUAUUAUUAUUCCUCUUUAUUUCUUUCGCUCGAUCUUCGAGUUCAAACUUGCCUAUAGUCGUAAACACAUGGCCUUUUAUUACAGCAAAUGCGAAAGCUUGGAGUGUGAUCAACAAUAAAGGAAGAUCUGCUUUAGAUGCUGUUGAGCAAGGAUGCUCCAUGUGUGACGUGUAUCGACAAUGUGGCUCAAGUGUUGGAUAUGGUGGAUCACCUGAUGAAAAUGGAGAAACAACUCUCGAUGCAAUGAUAAUGGAUGGAAUCACUCAUUCUGUUGGAGCAGUUGGUGGCCUGAAAAGGGUCAAGUCAGCAAUAUCUGUGGCCCGUGCAGUGAUGAAAUAUACUGAGCAUACACUGCUCGUUGGAGAUGCAGCCACGAAAUUUGCUCUUCAGAUGGGCUUUAAGGAAUCAGAUUUGCAUACAAAUAAAUCAAUAGCAGUAUGGAAGAAGUGGCGUUCAGGUAAAUGCCAACCAAACUACUGGAAAGAUGUUGAACCAGACCCUAGAAAACACUGUGGACCUUACAAACCUGCCAAUCGUGGCAACCUUCUUUACAAAUUUCAUGACCCACAAAGUUCACCUGAUAUCUCCGAAUCCAACCAUGACACCAUUGGUAUGAUUGUUGUUGAUGCCAAAGGUAAUGUGGCAGGAGGAACUUCAACAAAUGGAAUGACCCACAAAAUUCCUGGGAGAGUUGGUGAUUCACCUAUUGUUGGUGCUGGUGCUUAUGUGGACAACGCAGUCGGUGGUGCUGUAGCUACAGGUGAUGGAGACGUUAUGAUGAGAUUUUUACCAAGCUUCCAUGCUGUUCUCUUGAUGCAAGAGGGUUUAAGUCCAACAGAAGCAACGAGAAAAGCUUUGCUUCCCAUAAUCAAGAAAUACCCAAAUUUUAACGGCGCACUUGUGGCUACCACCAUCACUGGUGAAUAUGGUGCAGCCUGUCAUAAUUUUGGUGGAUCAGUUUGGUACACAGUCACAAAUCCUUCAUUGGAAAACUCAACUGUUUUCAGAAUAAAAUGUUCUAAAACUUUCCAAUUUUGACCCAAAACAACAUUUACCAAAGCGCAUUUACCGACAUGAGAUGUUCGAAAAGAAAAUUCCACAAUGACGCCAGUGAAGAUGAGAACAUCAACUAACCACACAUUUUAAUCAUGAGGAAAGAAGCCGAAGAAUGGUGCUAGUAUCUUAUAAAACAAGUGAAAUAAAUGUAUUAUUCUUUUAUUA